AUGAUUAUUAUGGCAAAAUACAGUGCUAUUUUAGAACCUGUGACAAAUAUGUUACAAGGCGUCUCAACUCUCAUAUAUGACGCUGAUAACAUUUUCCAAACAUUAUUUAACGAAGCGAAAUCAAUCGCCAUUGAUUUAGAUAUUGUCAUUACACAUUCAAGAACGGUAAAGAAACAGUCACUAAGAGCGAACUAUGAAACUGAGAGUUGUGAAGAUUAUUACCGAGUUUCAAUUUUUAUACCAUAUAUUGAUUCAAUUUUACAAUAUAUAAAAGAACGUUUUGAUAUAAAAAAUGAUAAUACAUUUUUACUACAAUAUCUUCACCCCAACAUUUUUAAAAAAUUGGAGAAAAAAAUGUAUUUUGAAAGCAUUGAAAAAAUUGCUGAUUUCUAUAAAAUUGAUAAUCUCCAAGCUGAAGCGGGAAGUUGGUACAGUUUUUGGCAAAAUAAGGACUGCCAAGAUAUUGAUUUUAUCAAUUUGUUAAACUGUAACUGUAAAGAAAAAGUAAAUUCAAAUAAAGAAAAAUUUAUUGAAAAUGCACUGACACAAUUUGGUAGAGAAUGUCCACGGAGAUUGAAAUUUAUAUUUAAUGAAAAAGAAUGA